AUGUUUCACUACGUGGUUCCCCACUGCACGGUGGCGGAGGGCACCAUGCGCAUAAUGCGCGCCUCCGAUGGCUUGGAGAUCGCUCACUGUCCCGAGCUGAAGGGUGCGAAACUUUGGCUGGACCACACAUUUGGCUGUGCCAUACCCCGGAAUACUGCGGAAACGAACUAUUUGCAAAAACAACGCCAACAGUGCGCGCGUUUGCCCCAUUUGUGGAACCGGUGUGCCAUUCAAUUGGACAACGAAACGGCAGACGCCAUUGGCGUCGCUUGGGCGCUGGAACUUGCAAAUUGGAAGCCUGUGAAGGCCUACGCGGUGAUGCAGUGUGGCACCACAGGAAUUAGUGAGCAUCAACACGAGGAGGUCGAGCUGGUCGCGAACACCGCGUCACAGCACCGAAGCGACGCAACCGGCACUCUCUUUACCACACAAUGGACGCUGAGUACCCCGUUCCGCGAUGGCGCUAAGCUGGCGGUGACGCUCGAUGUCACGUUUCCCCAUCAAGAGUUCAUAACCCUCACCGCACAGCCAAGCAUUUGGUUGGGCAGCGUGCAGGUGUCAGGCAAGAUAGUCGCCGCGGAUGGUACUUCAACGGAGGUCACAGGCGAGGGUUUCUUGCAAUCUCGGGGAAAGGAUAGUUUCAACAACUUCAAACAGACACAUGGCAUGAUGCGGGAGGUGAGUACGGCCAGAAUGGAAGAUCCGGCAGUCAGCUCUAUGAAGUCAUUGAGUGAAAUUGUAGGGGGCCCAGCAGCCUCUGCCACGAGCACCGUCAAGACGUUAAUGAACUUGCAAGGACAGUCCUUGUCGGACGCGCACCUUGUGAUGCUGACUAGUCUUCUCGGUGCAUACGGUCAAAUCUUUCACCACCCCAUGGCGAAGAAGGAGGUCCUCGAAGCACUUCAAUGGUGUCAUGGGAAAUGGCUUGGCUACUUUGGAAGUACGCCCAUUGACGUCAAGACGCUAAUGUUGCGGUCGUUCAUGUUGCGGGAGCUCUCCUUUGUGUUGCAGAGCCGUUGCGCCGCGUGGAUUCCGGCGCACGUGCAGGUUAUUGAUCUCGUGAUGGACCCACCAAGCCACAUCGAGGCAGUGGUGCUGACUGACAAGUACGCGGAAGAGUUCGUCACUCCCUCCCCUGCGCAGUUUGGGGCGGGCACCAGUAAGUUGGAUCUCUCACAGCUGAGAGCGGAUUUUAGUGGAACAUGGAUAUUAGAUCUGGCGCGAGGCACAGCUAACCUCAACGUCUUUCUAUCCGCCCAGGGUGUCCCCGUAUUGUGGCGCAACUUUGUUGCCAAUGCCUUCCCCGCACUGAUCAUCACUGUCGACGAGGACAAACAACUUGUGAAGAUGCUUCUCCAGGCCUCGUUUUUGAGGAGGCGCGAGGCCAUUCCGUUGGAUGGAUCAUACCGGGAGGGCUACUGUGCGGCCCGCGGAGGCCUCCGCACGCGGGCCUGCGUCCUGCCCGGCGGCACCGGGCUUUGCGUGGAGACGGUUUUUUCGAGUCAAAUGGUAGAGCGCAAGUGGUACACCGUUGAGGACGGUGGAAAGACGCUGGUGGAGGCGAUGCGGGUCUAUGAGGGCAAAGACGGUGGAGAGGCAAACGGUGAUCCGUGCGUGCGACCACCCAUUUCUGUUUGCGUGCGGUACUUCACGCUUUGCCUUGAGAAGUCUGGGGGUUGA